AUCACAAUUCUGUUGAAGCUGAUCCCAGCUUAAGUGUUUUGCAAGAUGAAUUAGUACAAGAGAUGGAUAAUGAUAACUUCAUAAAAAAUUUUGAUGCAUUGAUGGUACCAUUAUUGAAAGAGAUUGAAGAAUGUGAAGCAGCAUUACAAGCCCAUAAACAGCAAGCUAUCUGGAAAUCCAAAGGAAAACUUGCUAUUUGUAAAAAUUCGAAUAACACUUCUCUUAUUCAGUUAGAUCAAAAACCAAUUACAAUUCAUACAGUGAAGCGUGAGAAUUUUGC